GCAGGGCUGCAGCUGUAACGGCUCUUGCCGCUAAAAAUAAAAUAAAAAGGGUUUCCCCUACCUGAAAAGUCCAGAGCAGGCUGGUACAUAGCUACCCCGGCCUUGCCUUGCUUUUUUAGAACACUAAAAGACCUAAGAGACACCCAUUCGUCAUCAAAGCCAAAAACUUGUAACCUACCAUAAUUAUUCUUAUUCUCUUAUUCAUGAUGCCCAUUUAAACAAUGUCGCGUAGUCUGCCAAGGUAACCAGGAGUCUAUUUACUUCCACCAAGUCAAUCAAACUUCGCUGCGACAAUGGCGAAGCUCAUCCCUACCGCGAAGAUCACCCUCACCUAUCCUCUCUAUUCAUGCGACUUCGACCCGACAGAUCCUAACCAGCUCGUCGUCGCAGGUGGUGGCGGCCCGGGACGAAAUGGUGUGGGGAAUAAAAUAACCGUUCUCAACACCUCUAACCCGGAAGAGCUAUCGGAAGUCGCCGAGCUCGAACUUAGCAAAACCGAAGACAACGUCACGACACUCGCCAUCGGUCCUCGAAGAGAUAGAUCCUUAACCGUAUUUGCCGGCGUCAAUUCAAGCCCGGAAGAGAUUAAGAAGGGCAAGAAUGACCAUUUUCGUAUUUUCGGUAUUGACGAACCCGCUAAAUCGGCCAAGACUAGCGGUGUAAGGGUUUCCAUUUCCGAGGUCGCGCGCCAUGCGCUGUUCGUGCAUAAGGAUACAAGCGCCUACCAAAGACUCCUCCGACUGUCCCACCCGUACGAAAACCUCUCACAGUUAGGUGCCGCCGCCACAGGACUGUCCAAGCAGCCCGAGAUUGCGCUUUUCGAUGUACCAUGCGAAGGAGGCGGGAGGUGGAAACCGAGGGGUAGGCUGGAUAUCCCUAAAGAAGCAAUGGACCUAGACGUCGUUCAGACAGGGCCCGACACAUACCAACUGGCAUAUUGCAAUGACCACGAAAUCUUUACCGUCGAAGUAUCCAAGGAGGAAAUAUCGGAGCCCAAAUGCGUAUAUACUAUUACCCCGGAUGAGGGUGACACGGCUAAGGCGUCGUUCAAAUCUUUGCGCUACCUGACACCUGGCUUUUUAAUCACGGUAGUCAACAAGGCUAACUCCCAGGGAGUUGCGCUACAUGGUUACCGCCUGCCCGCGAAAGAGCAAGACAAUGCUCGUCUAACGAUCAAGGCUAGGCUCCCAAAGGGUGUCUCUAAGGCAACAGGCCUUGCAGUGAGGAAUCUAUCACCGACUUCGUCCCCGACGGAUGAGACGGGCGAGACCCAAUUCGUAGUCGCGGUUGCAGGGAACGAUGCUUCAAUAUCGCUCUUCACGUUAGAACAUAAAUCCGCUGCUAGGGUAGUCCUCCUCGCCGACCUGGCGCCGUUCCAAGUGCUCAAAGGUGUUCAUCCUUCAAAUAUAACCGGGCUCUCGUUUUCCCCAUUUUUGCCGCCAAAAUCAGCGUCGAAAGAGACGGCCGAUCUCACCGUCAAGCUGGCCAGCGUCGGUGUCGGUUUCACGACAGUAGUACACAGCAUACCGCUUAAAAAGCACGUUGAUAAGUCUACCGCGAAAGAAAACGGAGGGCCUUCAAGCCCGUCGCGCUACGUAGUUGCGCUGAAAUCUAAGGGCCAAUCGCCGGUCACACCUAUCGCACUUUGUACAAUUGUGAUACUUCUCAUCGCUUUAAUCGGGCAGGUCUUCCUCGAGGCGAAAGAUAUCGGCAGUCCCGUCCUCGGGAUUAGGCCUUAUCUGCCUACGUCGUGGACGCAGCCCUUGCGCAAAGUCCCCACGACCAACGAAAAGUCGAUCAAGGAUUUACUAUCGGACGCUAACGCACAUCAUACCCAGCCGCUCGUGAUUCGACAUGACGAAACCGGGGAAGCGGACCCUCGGGGUCUGCCCCCUCUGCACGUUGGUAUCCACGACGAAGAGGUCCACGGCCCCGCCACAUCGUGGGAAAACCUAAGCCCGGACGAACAGCAACUCUGGAAAGAUCGCCUGAAGAAGACGGGCCAUUGGUUCGAGGACAUGGGCGAGUCCAUCUUCAAGGGCGUGUUUUUCGGCGAGAUAGGCGGGGCUAUCGGAAAUAUAAUCGGAGAGGCCCUAUAGCGGUUUCUUUAAUUUGUUACGCUACUACGUCGCCACGUGGAAAAUGGAACGAGAGAAGAAGGACAUGUCAUGCCAUGAAUCUUCCUCGAGAUGAUUGUUAUGCUACGAAGAAUGCAGGAUGUAUAAUGUGAUCUGUAUAAAAGUAUAGUACCUGGGAAAUAUCAAUAAUUACGUUCACCCCUUGUGUGCAAUAGGAAUGUGUAUGAGCUUGGCGGUCUACUUUAUUACGAGAGA